GUCCCAGCUUCCAAGCAUUAAUAUUUUUUCUGCGUUUUCUGCACACGCGGUUCGUCACAGAACCCAAUUCCUGAUAGGAAUCUCAUCCCAUUGCGAUCUGCAGCUAUCUCUACACACAGACCGUGACCAUGGCCGACCCUAUCACCUUCACUGAGACUAUCACCGCGAUCAUGACCCUCAUCGAGUAUUCACAGACUCUCUACUCGCUCUUUGGGGGGGAUGCGCAAGACACCAUCACACUCGAAGACGUUGCACGCCUGAUCAAUUCUACCAACGUGAAUUUGUUUGCGGGGAACGAGUUCGCCGGCAUUAAAACCAUUCGCGACAAGUUCUAUGAUGUAUAUCUGCCAACCAUCACCGCACAGUCUUCCAUCAAGCAGGUUGACAUCAUCGAGCCGGGCUUCCUGGCCGAGACAUAUGGCUCCAUCAAAACGGAGAAGGAUACGGUGUGGAAGUCCCUACAAAAGUUGGAUUGGAUCUUCAGUAACAAUGAUCUCCACGUCGACGACUACAACUUCUUUACCCGGCUCAUCUGCCAGGGUUAUGUGCUUCUCCUGCACAUGCACUCCGUCACUCAGAACCUCCGUUCUGUCGAACUCCUCGGAGUAGUCGACCUCGACAACUACAAACUCCUGCCGGAGACACUGACCCUCCUGGACUACAUCAAUAAAGGCUUGGAGCAAGUUGCAAAAAUGGACAAUAGAGUCUGCAACUUGCGCCUUGGUCAAAUCUCGGAGGUCAAAACGGACUAUAUUUGUAUCGGCGAAUCGGCAUGCGUGCUGUAUUCGUGGAAUGACGAGUAUCAGAAGCUGUCGUCCACCCUCUGGGACCAGGCGAUCACCGGAGACAAGUUACCUGGUUCCUGUAGUGAACAGCCGGGCUUAUGGGGCGAUACCAAGAAAAAUGUUAUCCAGAAGAGGACGGAACGCGUUGCGUACAUUAAGGAGGUAUACAAUGCCCUUACCGGCAACGACCUGUCUAAGUUGACGGAGAAAAUGACGGGUUUGAAGCCAAAGAUCGAAGGCCGGGUAACGAAGCAGGGGGGGAAGGUCGCGCCUGCUCCGGUCGUGGCGCUCCCGUAAAGAGAUAAACAGUCGAACUCUAGCAUCUUGGCAGUGACAUCUAGAUCUAGCAAGUAUAGUGGCCCAGGC